AUUUGAAAACUUGCACGGUGAGGGACGCGGUUGAGGAGCUAGACAACGCAGCUAAACACACAAUGGCGACGGCGGCGACAACAGCAGGCGGAACAGGCUCAAGCGGACCAGCUACGGGUUCGGUAGGCAGCGGAACUGCUGUAGGACGAAAGAAAGACGGCGGCCCUUCUUCGAAAUUUUGGGAAAGUUCUGAGACGAUAUCCCAGCUGGAGACGGUGCGGCUUUGGAUCGGAAAGCACUACAAGAAGUAUGUCCAGAACGACUCUCCCUCCAGUAAGUCUUUGGCUGGCCUGGUGGUCCAGCUGCUGCAGUUCCAAGAGGAUGCGUUUGGACGGAGGGUCAACAAUCCUCCUCUUACCAAGUUACCUGCCAAGUGUUUUUUGGAUUUUAAGGCGGGAGGUGCUCUCUGUCACAUUUUAGGAUCAGUUUACAAAUUUAAAAGCGAGCAGGGCUGGCGAAGAUUUGACCUGCAGAAUCCCUCACGGAUGGACAGGAAUGUUGAAAUGUUCCUAAAUGUUGAGAAGAACCUGGUCCAGAAUAACUGCUUGACUCGGCCCCUCGUCUACCUGUCACCAGAUAUUGAGCAGAAACAAGCCAAUAAGCUCAAAGACAUCAUCAAAAGACACCAGGGCUCCAUUACAGAGGAUAAGUCAAAGGCCACCCACCACAUUUACCCUUCUCUGUCUCAGCAGGAAGAAGAGGAGUGGUUGCGUCCUGUCUUGAGGAAGGACAAGCAGGUGCUCGUUCACUGGGGCUUCUACCCAGACAGCUAUGACACGUGGGUGUCUGCUGGUGACGUGGAGAGUGAUGUGGAAGAUCCUCUCAGCACCGACCGACCCUGGAAGGUUCACGCCAAGUGGGUUCAAGACACAGAUGCCUUCAAUGAGUGGAUGAACGAGGAAGACUAUGAAGUAGACGAGAACAAGAAGCCAGUGAACUUCAGGCAGAGGAUUUUCCCCAAAGAGGAAGAGUCUUCCCGUACACCUGAUCGCAAGGAGCGCAAGGCAAACUCUGCCAGCAAGAAGAGGAGACGCUCGCCCUCGCCACCCAGCACUCCUGCAGAGUCCCGUAGGAAGGGAGGAAAGAAGGGGAACUCAGGACCGCACUGGAAGCGACGAGGCCACAGAGGAGAAGAGGAAGACACGGAGGACGACAUGACAAAGGACUUGGACGACUCGUCUGCUGGCGCCAGCAUGGAGGACGGCUGCGUGUCCAAGAAUGCAAAUUCAAAAAAAGACAGCGAGAACACUCCAGUCAAAGGAGGGAACGUGGCAGACUUGGAUGACAUGGAAGAUGAUUCUGUGCUGUCUGGUGGAAAGGAUGAUGAAGAACAUGGCAAAGGGGAGAUCAACCGGCUGGAUGCCAGCGAAGACAACGUGACUGAACAAACACACCACAUCAUCAUCCCAAGUUAUGCUGCCUGGUUUGAUUACAACAGCAUCCAUCAGAUUGAGAGAAGAGCCUUGCCCGAGUUUUUCAACGGGAAAAACAAGUCCAAAACUCCAGAAAUAUAUUUGGCCUAUCGUAAUUUCAUGAUUGACACGUAUCGGCUGAACCCUCAGGAAUACCUCACCUCCACUUCCUGCCGCAGGAACCUGACCGGGGACGUCUGCGCCAUCAUGAGGGUUCAUGCAUUCCUGGAGCAGUGGGGUUUGGUGAAUUACCAGGUGGAUUCUGAGAGCCGCCCACUGCCCAUGGGCCCCCCUCCCACACCACACUUCACUGUUCUGGCUGAUACACCCUCUGGACUCAUGCCCCUCAACCACCGACCCCCACCCCCACAGAUUCCCGCUCCACAACCAAUGCCCAACUUUGCAGAUAAAAGCAAAGACAAACCAAUUGAUUUGCAAAAUUUUGGCCUCCGGCCCGACCUCUUCAAGAAGAACGCUAAGCCGGGAAAAGGAGCCUGCACCACCAGAGACUGGACGGAGCAGGAGACUCUGCUGUUGCUCGAGGCUCUAGAGAUGUACAAAGACGACUGGAACAAGGUGUCGGAACAUGUUGGUUCACGCACCCAAGAUGAAUGUAUCCUGCACUUCCUUCGGCUCCCAAUUGAAGAUCCGUAUCUUGAGAGCACAGAGACAUCCAUGGGCCCUUUGGCCUACCAGCCCAUCCCCUUCAGCCAGUCUGGAAACCCUGUCAUGAGCACAGUGGCCUUCCUGGCCUCCGUAGUGGACCCCAGAGUUGCUUCAGCUGCUGCCAAGGCAGCCUUAGAGGAGUUCUCUCGUGUGCGUGAGGAGGUUCCGGCUGAGUUGGUGGAAGCCCAUGUGAAGAAGGUGCAAGAGGCGGCGAAGAGCACGGGCAAAGUUGACCCCGCUUUCGGCCUGGAGAGCAGCGGCAUCGCUGGAACUGCCCCUGAAGAACCAGAAAAGACCGAAGCCACAGAACCAGAAAAGAUGGACACAGAUUCAGACUCUCAGCAGGCGGAUAAGGCUGAGUUGAAAGACGAGGCAGAGAAGCCCAGCGAGUCUGCAGAGAAGAGUGACAAGACGGAAACGACAGAAAAGGUGAAGAAAGAGGGAGGGGAGGCAUCAGAGCGCGAAGAAGAGAAUGAAGAAGAAGGGGAGGCUAAAACUGAUUCAGCAGACAAGGAUAAGGAGGAACCUAUGCUGACCUCCUCCUCGGAGCAGGAGAAGGAAGAGAAGGCAGCUACAGAAGAAGGAGAGGACAAGAAGAAGAAGCUGGAGCAUGACAUUGGAGAGGGGAACAUUGCCACCGCGGCUGCAGCUGCCCUGGCAUCUGCUGCCACCAAGGCCAAGCACCUGGCUGCAGUUGAGGAAAGGAAGAUCAAGUCUCUGGUUGCUCUGCUGGUGGAAACUCAGAUGAAGAAGCUGGAGAUCAAGCUGAGGCACUUCGAGGAACUUGAGACGAUUAUGGACCGUGAAAAGGAAGCCUUGGAACUUCAGCGGCAGCAGCUCCUCACCGAGCGACAAGCGUUUCACAUGGAGCAGCUCAAAUACGCCGAGAUGAAGGCGAGGCAGCAGAUGGAGCAGCAGGCUGCUGCUGCUGCAGCCGCUGCAGCCCAGGCUCAAGGACAGGGGCAGGCUCCUGGAUCAGGGCCCCACCCUGGCCCCCAUCCGCCUGGCAUGCACCACGGAGGUCCCAUGCCCCACCACGGAGGACCGCCUCAUCAUGGAGGACCUCCAUCCCACCAUGGAGGACCCCCACCUCAUCAUGGAGGGCCCCCACCCGGCGCUGCAAUCCACCACGGUUACCCCCCAAUGGGCCACCACCCGAUGGCACCUCACCACCCAGGACAGACCGGACCACUGGAACCAGGUCAGCCGAUGCCGGGACGUAUGAUGUCUGUUCCACCCUCUGCUGGCCCCCCUCCUGGAGGCAUUCCUCCCAUGAUGCCCCCACGCCACCCUGGAGCCCCCAACGGCAUGUAUCCGGGUCCCCCGCCUGCACAACCUGAGGCGAUACCUCCAGUUCCUGUGGGUCCUCCAGCGCCUCCGAGUGGACGAGUGGCGGAUAACUAAGGCCUACACACACAAAUACACACAAAGCACACGUGCUAACUGUCUCUGAACAUGAGCCCGUUUUUGAUGAUCUUUAUGUGCUCAAUGUUUUUCCCUUUGACAUUAAAGCAGCCAUGAACUUCACCCUGUUACACACAGACUCACACUCAGGGUUCUACAGCAACAGCAACCCGGCUACACAAACACAUGCAGACUUCCUCUCAGGGCACAGCGGCGAGGUUCUUCUAGUAAUAAACACUGUUUUCUGCUCUGCUGGGCUAAAGGGAGGCUGCAGACAGUGACCCUUUGUACAUUAAACUAAGUAAGGAAUCAAAUAAUAAUACAAAUCUUCCAUUCUAAACUGAAACAACAGGUUUUAGGUGACACUGUAACUUUGUACUUUGUAUAAAAAAAAUGGUAAUUUACUGCUUUUUGUCUGGUCCCUCUUUCUCCGAGACGAGCACUAGGUGAAGCUUGUGAGACGUGCAGGGUCCGUGUGUCGAGUAGGCUGAGCUGAAACACGCCAGGCCAACAGAUUUUAGACAGUCCCAUGAAUAAAAGACACAGCAGACCCAGCCUACCCCUAUUCUCAUCGAGUAUCUACCUCUCGCUCUACUUUUAAUGAUACACUGUAGUUCUGUGUGUGCGUAAGACAGGGGGAUGUUUGGUGGCAGUCUCUGCCUAGUUCUGAGCUCAUUUCAACUGUUGGACUAGUUAAAUUACAUAAAUAAAUUAAAAAAAACUACAAAAGACUGAAGAACAAGAAGUUUGCAUACACAGAAUAAUGAAUAUUCUGCUGCUACAAAAUUAGAAGUCGGUCAAACGUCAAAGUGUCACUGGGGAGUGUUUAAUUAUUAGAAGCUCACGAAACCGGUUUACUCUAAUAUUUAUGGCACAUGGAACGAAAUAUCGGUAAAAGAAUUAUGCAAGGAUUUUCUUAACGCAUCACAUUUGUGCAAGUUUUUUUUUUUCCUCUUCUCUUUUUAGACCAUAAUUUCCUUUAAAUGUAAACAACCAAACCGGUUGGAAAUGCAAGUCUGACUUGAUGAUUUCUGACCUGCAGAUGUAAAUUCCAGCUGCAGAUUGAUCUUAAUCCAGUUCUCUGAGUUUAUGAGUAGAAUUGGGUCAACAUAAACUAGCAUUAUAGGUCGCAUUGAUGCGCUUCACUGAUGUUUGCACUAUGGCGCAAACUGUCAUCCUUUAUUUUUUCCUCCGAAAAGAUUAAACCAAAUAUCACAGAUCUCACUGGCUUAAGAGGCCUUCAGAGGAGCCGCAGACGGCUAGCACUCCUCCUGUCGCACCACGCAGAGCACUGGAACACGCAGAAAUUGUAAAGCUAAAGCUCAGGCAAACACUGGAGGCUGCAUGCACACACUGACUUCAUCCCACACACACCAAUCCCCUGCUGACCUUCACACGGCCUGAACAAAGUGAGAGACGCUGUGGUGCGGGGCGACCGAAGCAUCAGCACGUGACAAACGCUCUUCCUCAGCACGGUGAUGUUUUUAGGUGCUCAUCCUGUAGCGGUUCAACCCUUCUCCUCUGCUCCUUGCACCUGUUGCUGCCUACCUCGCUAACCCGUCCUUGUUUUCACACUUUUUGCUUUUCGGCCACUUGAACUCAAUAUUCUUAUGUGAGGCGACGGUUGUCAACACAAAACAAACACGGAGCUGCGUGACUGUUGAUCCUCAUAGUUUGUCUCCUGAUACUGUGACUGAAAAAAAUACACAAGGGAGGAGCCACUAACCUGUACUAUUUAAUAAUCAGUGAUUCAGGAGAGGUUUUAAUAAAUGGAAAAUUCAACGCACGUUUAAAAGCAGCCGAGUGCCAUGGUAUGGUUAACUGAUCGUCCCCGGGUUUAGACGGACAAAAAACAGCAACUUAUUGUAAAUGCUUCUUAAAUUGUGGCCCGUUUCUUUCAUGAUCCUGUAGUUGUAAAGUAAAACGUCAAGUUUUGUUGUUUAAAUACCCAUCAUUGUAAAACCAGUUAUAAUCCUGAUAAAAGCUUAAGUCGGUGUUUAGUACUUUUGUCGUUUAGACUGAACGUUUGUUCUUUAAAGCCAUUAGCAGAACUGCCACAGUGCUUUUAUUUGAAACGCUCUC